UUUAAGUAGUUCGAUCAAGGGUUACUUGAGGGUUCAGUCAGGGGAUACUUGACGUGUUACUCGAUUAGGGGUUACUUGAGGGGGAGGGGUUACUCGGUUAGGGAUUACUUGAGGGGUUUAGUCAUGAAUUACUCGAGGGGUUACUCGGUCAGGGGUUAAUAAUUAACACAAAGAAAGAUAAAGCUCAAACAUGUGAUCUAAUCCAAGUAAUGAUCUCCAUAUCAACAUAAGUGUCAAUGCUUAUCAAUUGUUUGUGAUAUUAAUAAUUACUAACAUUAAUAUAUUUGGAUAUGAAAUAAUUAUAUCUUAUAGACUUAUCUAAUAAUUUAUAUUUCAUACAACUAGGAAUUCUUGAACAAAAUAACAAAAACAUUACCAAAAUAAAUUUAUUCAAGUAUUCAUUAAUUAAUAGCUACCUAAUUUAGGUUAACAAAAUGAUGCGCGCGCCUACACUUCAACUAGUCGAAUAAAACAUGAAAAUUAUAGUGGCCCAUGACCACAUAUCAUCUAGUAGUAGUACAAAAAUAUAUAAAAAGCCCAUAUUUGUUUAUCCAACUCUCUACACUCUCUAUUCAAACGCUAUAUUUAUAUACAUAAACACCCACAUUCCACAACCAUAGAUCCUCCUCUCGCUCACACGGUGUAAACUCCUCUCAAAGGCAAGGCGUGCGAGAUAGGAAGCCAAGCCGAGAGCGGAGGCGGAGGAUCAACAACAACAAUGCAAAACCGAUUUAGAGGUUGCUCAAAGGCUGAUUUCCUACCAGAACAAUCAUUCCAAAGCUGGUCAAACUAUAUGUCUGCCCUUAAGGAGACUCCUGCACGGUUCAUGAACCGGCUUACGACACGGUCCCUAGACGACACAGAGCUGAAUCAAGUCAAGUCUGAAAGUCUCCACGAUAUGAAGAAGGCAUUGACAUGGUGGGAUCUAACUUGGUUCGGUAUCGGCGCCGUGAUUGGUGCCGGUAUCUUCGUUCUUACAGGCCAAGAAGCAAAUCAGCAUGCUGGUCCUGCUGUUAUUUUGUCUUUUGCAGUUUCUGGUUUGUCUGCUAUGCUUUCCGUUAUGUGUUACACCGAGUUUGCUGUUGAGAUCCCUGUUGCAGGUGGUUCAUUUGCAUAUUUAAGAGUCGAGUUAGGAGAUUUCAUGGCGUUCAUAGCAGCAGGAAACAUCAUCUUAGAAUACGUCAUAAGUGGCGCAGCAGUUGCACGCUCAUGGACAUCAUACUUCGCCACCCUCUGCAACCACAAACCUGACGAUUUCCGUAUCAUUGCAAAUCACUUAAGCCCUGACUACAGCCACCUCGACCCAAUCGCAGUCGUUGUAAUUGGCGUAAUCUGUUUUGUUGCAGUCUACAGCGUCAAAGGCUCUUCCCGUCUCAACUACAUUUCUUCCAUCGUCCACGUGUUCAUCAUCGUCUUCAUCAUCAUCGCGGGUCUUACUCAUGCCGAUACCAAGAACUUAACCCCCUUUAUUCCCUAGGAACCUCGUGGUAUUUUCCAGGCCUCGGCUGUGCUUUUUUUCGCGUAUGUUGGGUUUGAUGCAGUGUCGACGAUAGCUGAGGAGACGAAGAAUCCUGGAAGGGAUAUUCCUAUUGGAUUGGUUGGUUCCAUGGCUAUAGUUACCGUUGCGUAUUGCUUGAUGUCUCUUACACUUUGCCUCAUGCAGCCUUAUAAUCAAAUUGAUAAAGAUGCUCCUUUUACAUUAGCCUUUGAGAAGGUAGGAAUGAAUUGGGCGAAGUAUCUCGUAGCCAUUGGUGCUCUAAAAGGAAUGACAACCGUGUUAUUAGUCAGUGCAAUAGGCCAAGCUCGUUACCUGACUCACAUAGCGCGAACACACAUGAUGCCUCCAUGGCUAGCUCAGGUGAACGAGAAGACAGGCACUCCAAGAAACGCUACCAUUGUUAUGAUGUUUGCUACUGCUAUUAUUGCAUUAUUUACAAACCUCGACAUCUUGUCUAACCUCCUCUCAAUUUCCACCUUAUUCAUCUUCAUGCUAGUAGCAUUAGCCCUUCUAGUACGAAGGUACUAUGCAAGUGGGAUAACUACACCUAGUGAUCGUAACAAGUUUGUUAUUUUCGCUGCUCUCAUUCUUGGCUCUUCAAUUGCGACAGCUGCUUACUGGGGUGCUACACAAACGGGGUGGAUAGUAUACACCAUCACCGGGCCUAUUUGGUUCCUUUCGACGUUGGGACUACAACUUUUUUUUCCACAAGCAAGAAAUCCUAAACUGUGGGGUGUCCCAUUGGUUCCUUGGCUACCAUCUGCGUCGAUUGCUGUCAACAUAUUCCUUCUAGGCUUAAUUGACAAGGACUCUUACAUUAGGUUCGCGAUAUGGACUUGCCUUCUAAUGGUUUAUUAUGUAUUCUUUGGGUUGCAUGCGUCGUAUGAUACCGCGAUUGAAAUGGCAAAGGUAGGUGUGGAAGAGAAUGCCAUGGAAUUAGGUAAAGUUGAAGCAAAGAAGUGUCCUGUUACUCAUGAAGAUUUAGAAGGUCACAGUGGGAACAAUGACGACAAAAGUUAGUAAUAUAUAGAAUGUUUUUUAGUGUAUAUAAGGGACAAUGUAGUGAUUGUUUCCUAUUUAUUUCUUUUUUGGUUGUUAGAUUACUAUGAGAAAAUUUGUGACUACACAAGUAUGAUUGUUAAUAAAAUUAGGUGGGAAAAUAGUUAUAUUAUUAUGAAAAUACACUGUUUUACAAAAACACUUUUACAAAGUUAGUGAUAACAAUUUUUAAAACAAGACGGCUAUUUGGCUACAAUAUUACAAAAAUAAUUUAAAUCUCUCAAAUAUAUUUCAAUUCGUACGAAAAUUGUUGAAGAGAAGA